ACACUGCAUGUUUAGAUGCAAUUUGUGUCCUCAUGUCUGAUGUCUAUACAGCAGAUAUAAGCGAGAAGCAGUUUAGCCUGCAGAACUCUCAACCUGUGGAGACUGAAUCACAGAGCCUGACAGACGGAGAGAGACUGACCUCUGAGCUCAGAGACAUCAUCAGAUCAUUUAUGCAGAAGGUGGAUGAAUUCAAAACAUGUGUCACCACCAUGUCAAUGAAUGUAGAGGAGCAACAGAUGGUGCUAAAGAGCAUGAUGGAGGCCCAGGAUCAGCUGGAGAGGAAUUACCUCACAAAGAGGGAGGAGCAUCGUGCUCUGGAGAUGCAGAAUUACAGGGGUUUAACCAGAAACACAGGAGAGUUUGACCCUGACAGGGAGGUCGAGGGCCAGAUUUUCAGGAUAGGCAUGCACCUGGAGGACAUUAAAGAGCAGAUUGAUAGAAAUGUGUGCCAUGUUUUCUAUCCUCCUUCAUCUUCCACACCCUCUCCUCCACCUUGUGAAGAUAUCCCUGUCUCAUUAACCCAUCCAUCGCUGCAUGAGGAGUCAGUCUUCAGCAUCUCCCCUGUUAGACACAGCACUGAGGACAACGAUGAUGAAGAAACCAAUGAAGAUCACACAGCCGAUGGGCUUUUUCCCAGGGGAACAGAAAACAGCUUCUAUCUACAGUAUUCCACCUUCUCCACUGAAACAGCUGGCACUGCCAGUGAGGAACAGGAGAACAGACUGUCAACAGGAGAGAACCAACACUACGAGGACGUCCUGGCACAAGCAUCCUCCUCAACUUUAUUAAAGCAGCUGACACAUGAUAGGUAUGAAGAGGAGAUCAGACAUAGUGAAGCCUACUUCACUUCUGUAGGACUGUCUCCUAAGAACUCUCCUCAGCCAGCCACAGAUAAAACACAGAGCUUUUUCAGUCCAGAAACUGACAGUGGCUUUGGCAGUUUUGACCUAAGCCGGCCAAGCACAGGACUGUCCCAAACACCUUCUAGUGCUGUUAGUUCUGCACUCUCUGACGAUGUCAACAUCAUAACAAAUACUAGUGGUUCAGGCAGUGAAGCCUCCCACUCCAAUGUACGAACAACUAUAUCAGCGGCACCACAACCUGUGCAGCCCACAGUGAACCACCUGGAAGUUACACAUGUCAUGGACGCAAGAAGCAUUACCCAAAAUGCACCUUUUAGAGCUUCAAAAGAAGAUGACACAUCAGUAGGUGGCGCCACUGCCAUGCUUAACCAGGUGACUAAAGGCACAGGGGAAGAUCAGCUGGGAAAGAGCCAUUCUACAAAUGAGACACACUCAGCAUCACACUGCUCAUGCCACAAUAGUGAGGUUAUCCUCGCACUGCAGUAUGAGGUUUCGCGCCUCAAGAGGGCGCUAGAGGAAAGCCUUGGUCACCUGCCUCAUGACAGCAAGACGACUGAUUAUCCGAAUGGCAGGUAUCCAGUGGAGAGGAAGCACAAGGGACAGACCCGAAGCCAGAACAGAGGCGCCUCCAGCAGACGUGUGAAGACAGACUCGAACCUUCAGACGUUUGAGGACUGGAUCUCUUCUGAUCUGGAGCUCAGCAAGAGCAAAGUCACUGACGGUGAGGUUUCAGAUCACACCAUAAGUUUACAGAGAGCCUUCAGUCCAUCUCACGGACUAAUACGCACCCGAUUCAGUGCUGACAAAAGGUCACAUGACUCCAGAACCUCAUCCAAAGCCUCAGUGGAGAGCUUUCCUAUGGACACAUCUCAGUUUAGCCAGUCUGGUAGCCAUCGGAGAGCCAGCACUGGGCCAACAAUCCCCAGCACUGACACUAAGAAAACCAACAAAAGUGCCAGCUAUAGACCUGCAAUGGGAAAGUUGGAGAAUAUCUUCUUAAACAGCACAAAACUUGUCUCUCCUAAUCCUGCUCAUCCUUCCCAAAAGCCUCUGCUGCAGGUCAACUAUGGCUCCUCCUGCAGUCUACCUGCUGGAUUUAAAGUGCGAGAUCAAGCAUCCGAACCAGUGUCCACUCGAAGGCGCUCAACUCAAUCUGACUCAGCACUGCUUCCCAGUAACGUCUUCUUUCAACGGACCUCACAGAGGACCAGUGGAAGACGACAACGCACCAGCAGAGUCAGUUCAGACUGAUAUACAGCUAACAUCCACACAACACAACAAAACAUAAUUUAGUAAUGCUAAUAUUUUAGAUGUAAGAGGAAAAUGUGGUUUACCUUUACUACAUUAAUUAUUUAGAAUGGGAUUCCUGCAUAACAUAUUAACAUACACUGCU